AUGGGGCAGGCUUUGAGUAAUGAAAAUAAAGGGGAAAUUGGUGUUGCUGAGCUCCAAGACUUGUACAAGAAGUUUGUGACUGAAUGUCCCAGUGGAACACUUUUCUUUCAUGAAUUUAAGCGUUUUUUUGGAGUUUUAGACAAUGAAGAAGCAGCUGAAUAUAUCGAAAACAUGUUUCGGGCAUUUGAUAAAAAUGGGGACAACACUAUUGAUUUUUUGGAAUAUGUGGCGGCACUCAAUUUGGUUUUAAGAGGCAACCUGGAGCACAAAUUAAAAUGGACUUUCAAAGUUUAUGACAAAGAUGGAAACGGAUGCAUUGAUAAAACAGAACUGUUGGAGAUUGUGGAGUCCAUUUAUAGAUUAAAGAAGGCUUGCCAGCAAGAAUCAGAAGAAGGAUCUGUACUCUUAACUCCAGAAGAAGUUGUGGACAGAAUAUUUCAGUUAGUAGAUGAAAAUGGUGACGGUAAGAUUUGCCAGGUUUCUGUCACUGACAUUAACUACUGCCUGGUCAUUGCUAGAUUGAACCAGACUGAAUUGCUGGAAUGUUUAGCCAAAUGA